GAUGAACAAUACACAUGGAUCUACACCAGGAACACCCGUGUCACUGUGGGCCCUGCCAGGCACCCGGGAUUCCAUGAAUGUGCUCAAGAGAAGGAGGCAGAAUCCCCGCCAAGAAAAGGGUUCUAGGGUCUGCACCAAACAAAGGGUCUGAUCCGUGUCUUCUGCACAGAAGCUGUGGGGAGGGAACAGCAGGCUGUGGUGGCUGAUCCCACCUCAGCCAUGAGCAGCAUUACUCUGGAUCUCUCUGAAAGUCAUCCAGAAAAAAUCCUUGAGGCACUUCUAAGAAGUGAAGAGGUUAUAGGGACACUUGGACUGAUUUAAUCCUGGUGUUGGGGUCCUGAUGACAUCAUAUCCUUCCCAAAGAGCGGCACACCCUCCCAAGCCAAGUCAGAAAAACCAUCUCAGCUGUGCUGCACCAGCCCCAAGCACCGACACGCCAGGACACGAUGGACACGUCUCCUGCCCUGCUCCUGCUGCUCACUCUGGGAUUCUGCUGCCCUGGGAUUUAUGGCCAGUCACUUGAGAUAAAGGUCAGGUCUCCCAAGGACAUCACCCAGCUCCGGCUGGGACAGAAGCUGGAGCUGGAAUGUCACACUGACAAGAGCCAUGGCGCAUCCUGGAUCCUCCGGGACAGCAGUGGGACCCUUCGCUUCAUUGCCUUCAUCAGUUCCGUGUCCCGGGCCACAUUUGAGGGGGGUCAGAGAACAUCACCUCGCUUUGAGGCGAGCAAAGACAACACGAUCUAUCGGCUGGCAGUGAAAUCUUUCACACCACAGGACGAGGGGAGCUAUUUCUGCGUGAUGAAUUUGAACCAAAUGCUGCACUUCAGCCCUGGCCAGCGUGCCUUCCUUCCAGGUCAGCAACACUUUCACCCAGCCUUACCCAGCCCUGCCAAAAUGCCCAGCACCUCCAGCCCGUGCCCUUUAAACAAGCAGGCUGCAGCUCCCUCUUGGCUCUUGGGAGACCCCCUCUAUGGAGACCCCAUCCACACUGGGCUCUAUGAAGCUCCCCCAGAGCUGAGGCCUUUUCUGUGCACAGGAACAGCCAUGCCCAGCCAGGAGAGCAGAAAGGCAGGAGAGAUGUGUUUUAUUCUAUUUCCCUACAUGCUGAAUCCAUCCAUUUCACUUGCAGCCACCACUGAAGUGGCACCCAGCACACCAGGACCCACCACUCAAGGGGGCAUCACUGAAGGGGACUCCUGCCUGAAGACACCAGAUCCAGACAGCAGAAUGCAGGAAGACCUGGAUUCCUCCUGUCUUGUCUUCCUCUGGCUCCGCUUGGCAGGCUUCUGUCUCCUGCUCCUCCAGCUCCUGGCCACCACCAUCGUGCUGCAUCAACUUAAGGCUCACCACGAACCCCCUCGAGGUGCACCUCUGGCCUGAAACCACAGCCCUGUCCCUGAGAUGUGCUGGCUGCUUUGGGAGGCAUGGGAUAACCAGGACACAGUGCAGGAGAAGGGUCUCUGUUAUAGUCACUGCCUGGAUAUCUUCCAACAAAUCAUCUUGACACUUCCUGAGUGCUCUUCCCUUCCCACUCCAGCUCUUUCCAGUGAUUUUGUAGGAAGGAGGUGCAAUGAUCUGACUGCAGCAUCAGGGUUUUUUUCCCAACAAAAGGCCAUGUGUUCUGCAUGGGAAGCAUUGCCUUGAAAAUGUAUUUUCUCUAUUAAAUGUCAUUGCACGUGACAUGUGACACACAACAAAAUUAAAUGUAUGAACACUGAACAGAAAGCUGUUCUGAAAACUGAGCAAAAGCAUUCUUCUGCAUUGCAAUCCCUGUAAACUUUGUUGUUCUUCCAAAUUAAAUUACUACAUCCUGACCCAGAGAUUAAUUAUUUAUUGCCUGUUCUAGUGCUUGGGAGCCUAGAGAGGACAAUCCUGUGGGGAGAAACAGUACAUGGGUAUUUAAAUUAAAACAAACAUUUCAAUAAGAUAAGCACAUGUACAACAAAGUCCUCGCUACUGCAUGGAAUGCUAACAUAAGAUAAACAGAGAAAAAUAAAACCCCAAGCAAUAAAAAGAUAUAUUUGGGCAUUAAUACCUGACAUUGCUAAUAGUGAUGCUCCACUGUGCAGUGCUGCACUAAGACCCCAGUCCUGAAGCAAUGUUGAUCCAGGCAAGAUUGAUGCAGUGAAGAACUGGGAGUAGGAAAUCUUUGGCUUUGGGGUUUUGUUUUUUUGUCAUUUUGUCAGGUUUGCUUGUUGGUGCUUUUUCUGCAGUCUUUCAUUUGCACAGGAAAUCAACCUCUAAAAAAGAAUUACAAUGCUGACAGUGGUAAUUACCCCCCUGAACACAGCUCCAAAUCCACUGCACAGUGGAAUCUUCCCAUUUUUGACCUCCAGUAGCACUGUAACAGAUAUCAUAGCAUAAGCCUGUAAAGAAAAGGAGUUGAAAAGCAAAUCCAGCUCUCCAGCUGUGGAUUUUCAGUGAGGUCCUGCAUGUUCAUGGACUGCUGUCCAGCCCAAGAUACCCAGGGGGUAAAACUUCUCUCUUCUGUCUGUUCUUAUGCAAGGUUUUCUAUCACCAAGCUCCUUAAAUUUUAGUUAUGUUUUACAAAUACACCCAAUACACUGCACUGAACUGCUCUGAUUCCACCUUGGCUGCAGAAGCAGCACCAGAAGGAGCACCUCUGCAGCAGGCCAGAAGGCUGAGAGGAGCAGAACAGCUUGGGGUGAGCACCAAAACAAACCCUUUGGUAGCCACUGCCCCAUUUUCUCACUGAACACCCCAAAAACGACCGACUUCACCACAGAAGCCCCCAGCAGAGGCAGUGACCCAGCACAGCUCUCCAAAGCAACACUGACUUUCCUUUGCCAGCUCUUCCUUCCACACAGUCCCUUGAUCAGCUUGUGUUCCAGCUCAGCUACACCGAGCACUGCACCUUGCAUUUAAACCUAGGGCUCAAGAGAGCCUGUGAAGUUUUCCACCAACAGGUAGAGCUGAGGAACAAUAUUCUCUAUAAUCCAUUUACAGUCUGGAUUUUCUUUAGAAGACCUUUGUACCCCUACCAAUAAGGUACCAGUAGAAGGCAAAACCAAAAUCACAUCUUUUGCACUAAAAUGUUAAGAAGCAAUUGCAAAUAUCAGUGCAGCAGUGAGAAGGGAAAGUGCCAAGAGCAACUCCAGCCCUGCAUGCACACACCUCUAGCAAAUCAUACAAGUUCAGGGCAAACUGGCUGGGUUUGUGGUUGGGUGGCAACGUCUGGGCAAGGAGCCUGGACUGCUGCUUGCACUAAUACAAAGAGGAGAACUGGCUGAGCUGGAGUGCAGAGAAGCAGCUCAAGGAAGCUUGUUAGUGCAUGCAGGGACAGGCCCUACAGAUCUGACAGCUUUUGGUUACAGCACAUGGAAGAGGUUCCAGUUCCAGUGAGCUGGCUGAGAAAAGUGCAAGCUGGAAGCUGUCACAGGCUGACACAGGGCAAACUGCAGUCUGGCAUAGAAGAUGGCAUUCAAAGAGGAGCAGAAGGAAUGCAUUUGUUCAGAGGUCAAGGCUACCUAACUGCACACUUGCUCCAAACUAAUAAUGGAGUAGCUCAUAACUCAGAAUCUGAUGGGCUAAAGACAAACAAGCCAGGAGUUAACACUUCAUGGUGGGGAGAGCAAGAACUGGUGCACAAUUUAAGCAUAACCUCAACUAAUAAAGGAAAAAAAAGAGUACAAGAUGGUUGCUGAAAGCCUAUGAAGAUGAGGAAGGCAUCAGAUGACCCCAAAACACAGAGCAUCCAGAAUUUGUUGACAGACCCCUGCUUUUACACCAUACAGAGCUUCACUUAUUCAGUGAACUUUUCUGAGUGAGAAAGGAUUUUGAUAAAUAAACUCCAGAUCCAUAAUACAGCCAAGAUUACUCAACCAGAGCCAGUCCAAGAAAACUGACUGGUCAGUUAAAGUCAAAAAGCUUUGUCUGUCCAAGUAUGUGACAGAUGACCUGUCACAGGGAAGUAACCUAAGCUCUCUCCAGACUCCUCAGCUAAUUCUGUGGUGCAUUUUAUGCAAAUGCUUGGAAGCCACCCCCAAAACCAUGCCCUUGCUGCUGCUUCUGCAGCAUUCAACACAGAAAAGCAAAUUAAGGCAGGAGAAAAAAGUACAGAAACCUCUGGAAUAAAAGUAAAUAGGCAGUGAAACACAACCUUCCUGUAAGUAGGUUUCUUCUGAUUCAUCUGACAUCAAAACAUGCAGGGUCAGCACUACCUAUCCAUCACCAGAUUCCCAUCCUGAGCUGUGCUGAAUAAAUUGAGUAUGUGUAGAUUUUUGUCACGGGAGAUCAAACACAUCUGUUUUGUGUUUCACAAUCCUGGAAACUUCCCACAUAACUUAGAAACCUUGAAAAAUAGUGGAUUUGCUCUCAGUUCUGAGGGGAAAGAACUGUCAGUCAAAAUAGCUACAUUCACAGAUUUAUUUCCUCUCCCCACAGGCCAAUGUCUCAUGGAUGAUGCUCAGGACUUGAACUAAAACAUUAUUUGCACCUUCCCCAUCCCCUUUUUCUCUAGCCAAAGGAAAAGCCCUAGCCAUAACCUGACACUUAGUAAGAAGAAAGAAACAGCAGUGUCACCAGGUCUGAAAAUAAACACCAGGCAGAGGAAAUGCAGGAGAAAAGGGGAUCUCCUUUCAAAGACCAAACUCAGGGAAAGUUUGCUCACUACAACCCAGGUCCCAGCACCCACCAGUUUUUGUUGCAGUCUGCACUGCUGUUUUAAAACACCCUCUAGAAAGUGAAAAGUUCUGAGGUGGAACAGGAACUGGACAACAUUUUAUGGGCUUUUGCAUUUGAAAACACAGAUGCAGCUGUCCUGUAAAAAUCAGUACAUGUCAGUAUGAUCUGAAACCCCAGUUCCUACAAACAGA